AUGACUUCUAAUUCGACCACUGACACUUCGGAAACGAAAACCUACGGAGGUUGUGAAGGUCCAGAUGCUACGUAUGUGAAGCUAGUCAGCAGCGACGGACAUCAGUUUUUCAUCAAAAAGACGCUUGCAUCAAUCUCUGGGACCAUCAAAGCGAUGCUGAGCGGACCUGGACAAUAUUCGGAGAAUGAGAGCAAUGAAGUGAACUUCCGCGAGAUACCAUCACAUGUUCUCCAGAAAGUGUGCCAGUAUUUCUCGUAUAAGGACCGCUAUACUAGUUCGGCAACGGAGAUUCCGGAAUUCAACAUCACUCCCGAGGUGGCGCUUGAACUGCUCAUGGCUGCGAAUUUUCUCGACUGCUAG